CGUUAUGAGGUGAAUACCGCAAGGCUAAUUUGCGCUGGUGGCGCGUGCACGGUAGCGAAUCGGUGCCAGUGAUCGCAACAUUUAGCUGGUGGCUGAAUGAUGAGUAUGUAUGUCGAGCCGCGGUGCCUGUGAGUAAUUAUACAACUUCGCGUCUGGUGUUUGUUCAAUCUAAGGGUUUAGGACUAAGCCUGCGGCCUCACUGACUCGCUUCAGAAUCAACAUUAUGCCGAAAAGUGUGAAGGAAAAGCACAGAGAUAACACAAACUACCCAUCUGUGCCUUGAACGAUCAACACCAGCCAUCAUGCAUCUUUGUGCAGCAGUGAUAUUACCGCUACUCCCCUGUGUGGUGCUGUCCUUAGACAGACAAAUGGUGUUUGGGAAUCUGGAUGAGUCUGCGUCUCUCCCCUGUACUGUGCAGUGCUCUGGUGAACUGACCUGGACCAGGUUUCAGAAGCAGGACGAUGUUCUGGUCAGGUGUAGCAGUGUCUCGUGCUGGGUUAAACACAGGUUUAUUCUCCCUUAUGAACAGUACCUGAACGGGAAUUCCUCCCUGACGAUGCUGAAAGCUGCUUACAGCCUUCGAGGACUCUACAUGGCCAAGUGUGUCUCUGAGACAGUCUGUGAAGUCGUCUUUACAUUGUCUCCUCUAGAGAUGACCCAUGUGAUUACCCCAGGUGAACCCAUAGAUGUGUACUUACCCCUGACUGACAUGGUGGAGGUGAUAUUUACUGCGAGUGGUGCCGUACAACCAUCACACCCACAGAUCUGCACCGUGGAUAAGGAGAAGAUCCAGUGCAGUCCAGAAUAUAAAGAGAGAGCAUCUCUCCUCAACACUCUUCAGAUUAAAGAUGGAGAUGUCUCUGACAGUGGGAACUACACAGUACGGGAUAAAGUCAAUGACGAGACUUUAGCCAUUGUGACGGUCCAUAUGAGAGGGUCUGAACCAGAACAGCCGAGUUCUGGAGCUGCUCCCGUGUCCCAGACUCGUGUUCGAGGACGCCGCAGUGUCUCCUCUGAGGAGAAUCCGUGUCCAGAAUUUAAGCAGGAGAGAUCUAUGCCAGCGUGGGGGAUUACACUGAUAGCACUGAUGUCACUGGUCAUGGCUGUGAUGAUGGGAGUGAUAGUUUAUCAGCCGAAAGAAAUUCAGCAGCUCCAGAAAAAUCCUGCAGACACCGAACUCACACCGACCCAAACUAAUGGAGAUGCCAAACACAAUCCAGGAGAAGAACUUGAAGUACUCACUCACUCCUCAAACACUGGAAGUUAGACUCUGUCGUUUAUUUUGUUAGGUGGUGAAUAGAAUAAACAGCUCUGAAGGAAAGAGAGAUGAAAAUUAGAUUAAGAUUCUAUAAACAAUAGAAAUAUUUUAGUAACCGUGUGUCAGAAAGCUGUCUCACACACUCCUGCAUGUUCUCUUCCUCUCUCUUACACUACAGUAGAGUAUAAAAGCUGAAUAAGAGCUCAGAGCUGUUUAGAGAUGAUCCUCUGAAGCACCGUUUAUUGCCUAAAUACAGUCCAUCUACUGGGGCCAACUGCAUUAUAUUCACUUUAUUCUUUUGAGUUCACUUUAAACAUUAUAUUAUAUUUAAUUAUGUAUAUAAUUAAUCUCAUAAGUAAAGCUUUCCAUUUAAAGCUAAACUUCCCCUACACUUAGUUUACAUUAAAAUAUUAAACCUAAACCUACUUUCUCUCCCCUCCCUGUCUCUCUCUCUUGCUCUCUCUCUUUUAUUUGCCUUUUCUUCUCUUCAAUUUACAACUAAAAGUCUCUUCUUUUCACUCAUCUUUUGAAAUUUUAUCCUUAACUUUUAUCCCUUACUGCUUACCAUCACUUUUUUGUUAAACUUCGAAACUUUGAAAUCCUACAAACAACAUUCAGGGUACAAAAUCAAGGUACAAAAAUGUUCUUAAUAUGGGUACCAUCUCAUGUAGGUGUGGAAGAGAAUGAAGAAGCAGAUGCUUCAGCCAAGAAGACCUUGGAAAAUACCUUCAGAAAUAGAACUAAAUAUUACAUUAAGCAAAUUUGAAAAAAAAGGGUUAAAAAUAGCAAUAAAAGGAAUGUGGCAAGAAAUGUGGGAGAAGGAGGAAAAGGGUAAACAUUUAUAUAGUAUACAAAGUGAAUUAGGCCAUGGUCUGGAAAUAGAAGGGAAGAUCGGUCAUUUCCUGUCUUUGUAAAGGACAAAGAUGAUACAGGCCUCUGUAGUACAUGUGGUCCCCCCGAGACAGUGGAGCAUGUUUUAUUUGAGUGUAUCAGAUAUAAUAAUGAAAGGUUCAUGUUACAAAAUCAAAUCAAGUCAUUAGGUACAAAUGUCUUAUCACUUCAGAAUUUAUUAAGAAAUUCCCUGCAAGUUCCCAAGAAGUUACUAGCCCUUUUAAAAACAACAAACUAAUUAGAAGAAUUUAGUCUUAUUUAUUUACAGUGGCAAGAAAAAGUAUGUGAACCUUUUAGAAUUUCAUGGUUUUCUGCAUAAAUUUGUCAUAAAAUGUGAU